AUGGAAGGCAAGGGGUGGAAGGGGGUUGUUUUGGUGUUUGGUGUGUUUUUCGUGGUGGUGGGGUGUUUUGUGUGUGUGUUGGGGUUUUUUGCGUUUGUGGGGUGUGUGGUUUUGUGUGUGUGUGUGUGUGUGUGUAAGUUUUUGGUGUGUGGUGUUUUAUGUUUUGUGGCUUGGGGUGUGGUUUGUGGGUUGGGCGUGGUGUAUGUUAGUGCGUGUGUGUGUUUUCUCCCAAAAGAAGUUUUUUUUUUGCUGUUUCCCGUUUAUUUUUAUGCUUCCUGAAGUUUUCCCCUCAUUCAGUGGGUUGGAAUGUGUUCUGUUUCUGGGGUUUUUCUCAGGACGUGUACAGGGAACCUCCAAGUGCUGUUGUUAGGGGUUUGGGCUUUUACUAGGGGGGGUUCUAAGGGGUUUCAGUUAGAUGGCAUCUCUACUGCUCCCCGGUGGUGAAGGAUGUAUGACAGUUAAUUAGGGAGUGGUUUUUUAGGGGCGGCAGUUAAUGGAAAUUCUUACUGUCCCCGGUUGGGGAAAGGGUGUCAUGACAGUUAUAUUAGGGAGGGUUCUAUGGCUGCAGUUUGAGGGGAUCUCUACUGCUCCCCCGGUGGGGAAGGGGUUUCAUGACAGUUUUAUUAGGGAGUGUUCUAUGGCUGGGAGUUAGAUGGCAUCUUACUGCUCCCCGGGGGUGGGAAGGAUGUCAUGACAGUUAUACUAGGGAGUUUUCUAUGGCUGCGUUUGAUGGCAUUUUUUAAUGCUCCCCGGUGGUGAAGGUUAUGACAGUUUUUAUUUGGGAAAUGUUUUUAUGGGCCCGAAAUUAGAUGGCCCCUCUACUGCUCCGGGGGGAAAGGUUUUCAUGACGUUAUAUUAGGGAGUGUUCUAUGACUGCAGUUAGAUUGGGAUCUCUACCCGACUCCGGGUGGGAAGGGUGUCAUGACAGUUAUUUUUGGGGGGGUUUUAUUGCCCCAGUUAGAUGGCCAAUUUUCUACUGUCCCGGUGGUGAAAGGGUCAGGGCAGUUUUUUAGGGGGGGUUCUAUGAUGGGGUUAGAUGGCAUCUCUAAUGCUCCCCCUUUUUUGAAGGAUGUCAGAAUUAAUUUGGGAGGGGUUUUAUGGGUGCAGUUUGAUGGCAUUCUAAAUUUCUCCCCCUUUGGGGAAGGAUGUCAUGGGCCCGUUUUAAAUUUGGGAGGGUUCUAUGGCUUUCCCGUUAGUGGGAUUUUCUAAUGCUCCCCCGGGGUGAAGGAUGUUGAAAAGUUAUUUGGGAGUGUUUUUUAAGGGGUGCAGUUUUUGAUGGCUCUUUUACUGCUCCCCGGUGGGGGAAGGAAAAGUCCCCGACAGUUAUUUUAGGGAGUGUUUUUAUGACUGUCAUAAGAUGGCUCCUACUGUCCCCGGUGGUGAAAAGGGUGUCAUGACAGUUUAUUAGGGGGUGUUGACCCGAAAAAAAAUUUUCAUUUACAGCAAGACCGGGGGAAAAUUUUUCAGGGGAGAGGGAGGGGGGAGGAGGGGGGAAUUGGGCCGGGGGGGGAUUAUUAGGUGGCCAUGAUGGUAUUAGGGGGCCCCCUUGAGAAUGAAAUCCAGGCCAAAACCCGGGGUUUAAACCCCCACUCUUUCAAAAAGACCCCGGGGGUCUUUAGUGAACCCCAGAGAGGGCAGGACACCCGGGGGAACAACCCCCACUUUUUUCCCCUAAGAGCCCCGGGGUCUUUAGGACCAACCCGAGAGUCAGGACAAACCCGGGUUAAAACCCCUAAAUCUUUUUAAAAGCCCGGGAUUUUAGUGACCACAGGAGUCAGGCCCUCGUUUUUAAAAACCCAUCUAAAGAUUUUAGUUUAAAGGGAAUGAGUCAAAAGAAAAAGGACAAAAGCUUUUUCGUCACGUGGAAACCAUUCAAAAUUUCCCGUUUUAAAAAGGCCCCCGUAACGGGUUUGGGCCCAAAAUUCGUUUUUUUUAAACUUUCCCAAAAAGGGAAACCCCAUGGGGACAAAACAUGCGCAAAUUUGACCCCCGAUCCAGGAAAGUGACGUUUGCAGGCUACCGUGCUUUGGGCCCCCCCUCCUUGAGUUACUCCAGUUGAAGGCCAUCCCGGGUCUGCAGGCUGGGCCGUUAGCAAAUCAAAUUUUCCUUUAAACCCUUUUUUCCCGGGGGUUCCCUUUUUUUAAUAAUCGUUCAAAGGGCUUCAUCUGGUGUAUUAGAACAAUUUUGGUACCCCUGAUUGUCUUUGUUUUUAAAAUAUUUUUUUUAAAGAAAUUUAGAAAGAAAGAUUGUCCCUUUUUUUUAUUUUACUUAAAUUGGGGAACCCGUUGGCUACUACAAAGUUGCCUUUAACCUCCUGGGUUCAAAGAGAGGGGGCAGUUGUUCUCCCCCGGUUAGAUGGGACUCUACUGCCCCUUUGGGGGUAAAGGAAAGUUUUUUUAUGUCAGUCUGACCCUAAAACCAAUCACUGAGCCCCUCUGGGCCCCCCCCUCCCGCCUUCAAACCCCUUUUUUAGAACUCUGGGGGUUUUAUGGGCUGACUUUUUAAUUGACUGACUAUUUUGACUGACUUUUUAACUGACUGACUGUCUGGGCCGAAUUUUUUAGCUGACUGACUAUUUGACUGACUUUUUGACUGAUGACUUUUUGGGCUGGGGCUGUCUAAAAAUGUCUGACUAUCUGACUUACUUUCUAAUACUGGGCUAUUUGAAAUGACUUUUGAUGCCCGCUGACCCGACGUCUGCUGAAAUGUUGGGGAUUUUUUGGGCUGACUGCGACUGACUGACUGGCUGACUUUCUGAAAUGACUGUCGGGCUUUACUGAUGACUUUCUGACUCACUGACUAUCGACUGGUUUUCCCAAAGACUGACUAUUUUUACUAUCUGACUGACUAUUGAAAUUUUUGACUGACUUUCUGAUGACUGUCUAAACUUCUGACUAUUGACCCGCUUUCUAAAAUGAAAGAAAUGUCUGGGUGAAUGACGUUUUAAAUGACUGAUUUCCCAAAAGGAAAAUGACUGUUGAGACUUUUAUCUGACGACUAACUGACUGACUUUUUUUGAUGACGGCUAAAAAUUUUCUGGCUAUUGGAAAUACUUUUUUAAAAAAACCCGACUGUCCCCGACUUACUUUCUAACUGACCGUUCUAACGUUUUGGGCUAUCGGGCUGACUUUUUAAAGGGCUUUACUGUCUGACUGACUUACUUUCUAACUGCUGGGCUUUCUAACGGGCGACAAUCUGAAAGGGUUUACUGUUGACGAUUUUAACUGACGACUUUUCUGACCUUGCCUUUUCGUCCUUUUCCUUUUACUUUACCCUGUUUUCCCCUUUUUUGUUUUUUCUUUUUUUUUUAUCUUUUUUAAACCCCCCUUUCUUUCCUUUCUUGCCCCUUUCCCUUUUAACCCGACCCCCCGACUAUUUGACUGACCCUUUUUGGACGAACUAACUGACCUUGGGCUUUUCUGACUUUCUUUACUUGGGCUGUCUGACUUCUGACCCAAAUUUCUGAAUGACCACUUGAAUUUUACUACUGACGACUUUCUGGGUGAUGACUUUUUGGGCUGACUAAAACUAACCCGAAAUGACGACUUUCUAACUUACGACUAAACUGCCGACUUUUUUAUGAGUCUGACUGAUGAAAUUUCAAUUGGGCGGCCCAUCUGACCGGGCUUUUUAACUGACUGACUAUUUGACUGACUUUUUAAAUGAAAAUGACCCAUCUGGGUGACUUUCUGCUGACCCGACUUUUUUGACUGACGGGCGAUGACUGACUUUCUAACUGGGCUGGCUAUCUUACUGACUUUUAACUACUGACUAUCUGACUUUUCUGGGGGUCUGAUGGCCCCUUCCCAACUGAAGGAAAUAUUCCCGGCUGAAAAUCUGACUGUCUUUUUUUGACUUUCCCAAAUGCCCCACUAAACUGAAAGACUAUCUUACGGGCUUUCGGAAAACCCUUUCUUUAAUGUUUUUUUAAUUGACUGACUAUUGACUGACUAUCUAACUGCUGACUGUCUGAUGACUACUGUCUUGGUUUUUUUAGCUGCCGCUAAAAAGGGCCAUCGGUUGUCCUCCUAGAAAAGCGGGGUCCCCUUUUAUCGGAAGGGGAGAGGCAAGGGGAAGGGAGGUUGUGGGUGUGUUUGGUUGGGGGGGUGGUGAGUGUGUGGGUGGCCUUUUUUUUUUUUUGUGGUUUUUCGGGUGUGGGGUUUGGCGGGGGGGGCGGGGGGGGAGGGAGGGGGGGGGGUUUUUUGGGGGGGGGGGGGGGGGAAGGGGGGGGGGGUUGGGGGGAGGGGGGGGGGGUUUUUUUUUAGGGGCGGGGUGUUUUUGGGGGGGGGGUGUGUUUUAUGGUUUUUUUGUUGGUUUUUUUGACCGUUUGGUUUUUUUUCAUUUUCGUUUUUUUUGUUUUUGGGUUUUUUUUGUUUUUGGGGGGUUUUUUGUUAUUUUUUUUUUUGCUUUUGGGGUGUUGUGUGUGUGGUGUUGUUUGGCGUGUGUUUUUUGCGUUUGUGUUUUGUUGCGUGUGUGUAUUUUAGUGCGGGGUGUGUUGUUCACCAGAGGGGGGAUUUUUUUUGCUGUUUCAGUUUAUUGUUCAUGCUUCCUGAAGCUUUCCCUUUCCUCAUUUAGUGGCUUUGGAAAAGUUUUUCUUUUGCUGGCGUUGGGUUUUCAGGACGUGGGGCCCCAGUGGGGGAAACCCCCAACCCUGGGUGCCCGGGGAGGGGUUUGGGCUUUUACUAGGGGGGGUUUUUGGCUUUCGGUUUGAUGGCCCCCUCCCCCACUUCCCCCCGGUGGUGAAGGAUGUCCUUUACAUUUAAAAUUAAGGGAGGGGUUUUUAUGGCUUUAGUUUUGAUGGCAUCCCCUAUGCUCCCCCGGGGGGGAAGGAUGUCAUGACCGUUAUAUUAGGGAGGGUCUAUGGCUGCAGUUAGAUGGCAUCUCUAACUGCUCCCCGUGGGUGAAGGAUGUCAUGACAGUUAUAUUAGGGAGUGUUCUAUGACUGCAGUUAGAUGGCAUCUCUACUGCUCCCCGGUGGUGAAGGAUGUCAUGACAGUUAUACUAGGGAGGGUUCUAUGCUGCAGUUAGAUGGCAUCUCUACUGCUCCCCGGUGGUGAAGGAGUCAUGACAGUUGAUAUAGGGAGGGUUUAUGGCUGCAGUUAGAUGGCAUUUACUGCUCCCGGUGUGAAGGAUGUCAUGACAGUUUAGGAGGUGUUCUAUUGGUGCAGUGAUGCAUUUACAGUCCCCGGUGGUGAAGGAUGUAUGACAGUUAUAUUAGGGGUGUUCUAUGGCUGCGUUAGUGGCAUUUACUGCUCCCGGUGGUGAAGGAUGUCAUACGUUUAUUAGGAGGGUUCUAUGGCUGCAGUUAGAUGGCAUCUUUAUGCUCCCGGUGGUGAAGGAUGUCUGACAGUUAUAUAGGAGGGUUCUUGGCUGCAGUUGAUGUCUUACUGCUACCGUGUGAGAUGUCAUGAUCGUUUCCUGGAGGUCUACUGGUUGGCAUCUAGUCCGUGGUAGGAUUCUGACUUAUACUAGGAGGGUUCUAUGGCUGAAGUUAGAUGGCAUUCUUUAGCCCCGGUGGUGAAGGAUGUCAUGACAGUUAUUAGGGAGGUUCUAUGACUGCAGUUAGAUGGCAUUUCUACUGCUCCCCGGUGGUGAAGGAUGUCAUGACAGUUUAUAGAGGGGUGUUCUAUGACUGCUAUUAGAUGGAUCAUACUCAUACUGCUUCCCCCCCCCCCCCCGGUGGUGAAGGAUGUCAUGACAGUAUAUUAGGGAGGGUUCUAUGAUGUCAUAAGAUGGCAUCUCUACUGCUCUCCGGUGGUGAAGGAUGCAUGACAGUUAUAUUAGGGAGUGUUCUAUGGACUGUCAUAAGAUGGCAUCUCUACUGCUCCCCGGUGGUGAAGGCUGUCAUGACCAGUUAUAUUAGGGAUGUUCUAUGACGGUAGUUAAAUGGCAUCUCUACUGCUCCCCGUGGUGAAGGAUUGUCAUGACAGUUAUAUUAGGGAGGGUUCUAUGGACUGCAGUUAGAUGGCAUCUCUACUGCUCCCGGUGGUGAAGGAUGUCAUGACAGUUAUAUUAGGGAGGGUUCUAUGACUGCAGUUAGAUGGCAUCUCUACUGCUCCCCGUGGUGAAGGAUGUCAUGACAGUUAUAUUAGGGAGGGUUCUAUGACUGCAGUUAGAUGGCAUCUCUACUGCUCCCCGGUGGUGAAGGAUGUCAUGACAGUUAUAUUAGGGAGGGUUCUAUGGCUGCAGUUAGAUGGCAUCUCUACUGCUCCCCGGUGGUGAAGGAUGUCAUGACAGUUAUAUUAGGGAGGGUUCUAUGGCUGCAGUUAGAUGGCAUCUCUACUGCUCCCCGGUGGUGAAGGAUGUCAUGACAGUUAUAUUAGGGAGUGUUCUAUGGCUGCAGUUAGAUGGCAUCUCUACUGCUCCCCGGUGGUGAAGGAUGUCAUGACAGUUAUAUUAGGGAGUGUUCUAUGGCUGCAGUUAGAUGGCAUCUCUACUGCUCCCCGGUGGUGAAGGAUGUCAUGACAGUUAUAUUAGGGAGUGUUCUAUGGCUGCAGUUAGAUGGCAUCUCUACUGCUCCCCGGUGGUGAAGGAUGUCAUGACAGUUAUAUUAGGGAGUGUUCUAUGGACUGCAGUUAGAUGGCAUCUCUACUGCUCCCCGGUGGUGAAGGAUGUCAUGACAGUUAUAUUAGGGAGUGUUCUAUGACUGCAGGUUAGAUGGCAUCUCUACUGCUCCCCCGGUGGUGAAGGAUGUCAUGACAGUUAUAUUAGGGAGUGCUAUGGCUGUAGUUAGAUGGCAUCUCUACUGCUUCCCCGGUGGUGAAGGAUGUCAUGACAGGUUAUAUUAGGGAGGGUUCUAUGACUGUCAUAAGAUGGGCAUCUCUACUGCUCCCCGGUGGUGAAGGAUGUCAUGACAGUUAUACUAGGGAGUGUUCUAUGGCUGCAGUUAGAUGGCAUCUCUACUGCUCCCCGGUGGUGAAGGAUGUCAUGACAGUUAUAUUAGGGGAGUGUUCUAUAUGGCUGUAGUUAGAUGGCAUCUCUACUGCUCCCCCUGUGGUGAAGGAUGUCAUGACGUUAUACUAGGAGUGUUCUAUGGCUGCAGUUAGAUGGCAUCUCUACUGCUCCCCGGUGGUGAAGGAUGUCAUGACAGUUAUAUUAGGGAGGGUUCUAUGGCUAAGUUGACUUAGAACACAUUCUCAUUUACAGCAACGACCUGGGGAAUAGUUACAGGGGAGAGGGAGGGGGGAGGAAUGGGCCAAUUGGACGCUGGGGAUGAUUAGGUGGCCAUGAUGGUAUGAGGGCCAGAUUGAGAAUGACUCCAGGACACCGGGGUUAACACCCCUACUCUUACCAUAAGAGCCACGGGAUCUUUAGUGACCACAGAGAGUCAGGACACCGGGGUUAACACCCCUACUCUUACGAUAAGAGCCACGGGAUCUUUAGUGACCACAGAGAGUCAGGACACUCGUUUAACGUCCCAUCUGAAAGAUGUAGUUAGACGCAAUGACUGUCAAAAGAAUGGACAAAGCUAUCGAUCACGUGACACCAUUCAUUCCUGUGUGAAGGACUCAGUAACGCAUUUGAAGCCCAAUAAGUUUUUUUUUUUUAGCUUCCUAAAAUAGAAUCUCAUGGAGACAUAACAUGCGCAGUUUGACCUGAUCCAGGAAGUGACGUUGCAGGCUAGCUCAGUGCUGCCCCCUCUCAUUGAGUGACUCCAGUUGAAGGCCAACCAGGGUACUGCAGGCUGCCGUUAGCAACUCAAUUAUCCUUAGAACUUGUUCUGUGUUCAAUUUUGUAAUAAUCGGUUCAAGGACAUACAUCUGGUGUAUUAGAAGCAAUUAUUGGUACCAUGAUUGUCUUCGAUUGUAAAAUAUUUUUUACAUGAAGAUUGAGCACGAAGAUUGUCAUUUUUCCAUUCACUAUAAUUGGGGAUCCUGUUGUCUACUAUCAAUGUCUGCCUUGAACCUCCGUGGCUUCAAUGAGAGGGGGCAGUUGUUCUCCCCUGGUUAGAUGGCAUCUCUACUGCCCCUGGUGGUAAAGGAUGUCAUGUCAGUCUGACCCUAACAACCAAUCACUGAGCCCCUCUGGACUCCCUCUCCCGCCUUCACCCUGUUCUAGAACUCUGGGUUCUAUGUUCUAGAGCGCUGAGAAUAUUCAGUGUUCUAGAACGAUGAGAGUGUACGGUUGAAGAGCUCUGAGAAUGCUGGUGUUCUAGAACUGAGUGUGUGUUCUAGAGUGUUCUAGAGCUGAGUGUGUGUUCUAGAGUGUUCUAGAACAAUGAGAGUGUUCUGUGUUCUAGAGUGAGGCGGUAGUGACCUGGUUGACUGAGUGUCAGCUGCAGUUCUACACCACUCACCUCCUCACCGCCGGUUAUGACCUAGACACCAUAGGCCACAUGACCCCCGAGGUAAGAUGACCUCUGACCCCUGAUCCCUACACCACGUGUCACCCCAACCUCUACCCCGGCAUCCUGUGUGUCCUAUCUGUGGGGGCAUGGCCUCCGCCUGACCCCUGACCUGGUGAUGUCAUCAUGACCCUCCUGUCUCUGUGACCUCUGACCCACUCUGAGUUGUCAGCCAAUCACGCAUCACUAUUAUUUACCGCUUCAUUUGCAUAAAGCUAAUGUUUAUUCAUGUACAUCAAUGAUGUGGUGGGAGUAGGGAGAGAAGAUAAGAGAGAGAGGAAGAGAGAGAGAGAGAGAGAAGGAAGAUAGAAGAGAGGGGAGAGAAGAGGAGGGGAAAAGGGGAGAAGGGGAGAAUAUACAGCCCGGGGGAGGGGCGAUUUGAUGAUCCUUUAGGAAACUGGAGUCCCCCACCCUUUUUCUUUUGUUUUAGUUUGUGUGUUUUUUGUUUUCUUGUGUAGGACCUGACAGCAAUCGGGGUAACUAAACCAGGCCAUCGUAAGAAGAUGUUAUCAGAGAUCAGCAAACUGCCGUCUGGUGACUGGCUACCUGACCACAAACCUGUAAGAACACACACAAAAAACACACACAAACACACACACAUUCCUAGCCAUCACCUUUGUCUUGAGACACAAUGACCCAAGACGUUUAGAUGCCCCAAGAUAUCUUAAGACACAUUUUGAAGACUCCAUGCCAUGUCUUGAGACAUUUGAUGUGUGUCUUCAAGACAUGUCUCAAGACACUCAUUUAAAAUCUGCAUGGUGUAGCAUCCUGAUUAGAUAGUAGUUACUGGAUAGCAGCAUCCUGAUUCGAUAGUAGAUAGUGGAUACUGGAUAGCAGCAUCCUGAUUAGAUAGUAGAUAGGGAUACUGGAUAGCACAUCCUGAAUUAGAUAGUAGAUAGUGGAUACUGGAUACAGCAUCCUGAUUAGAUAGUAGAUAUGAUACUGGAUAGCACAUCCUGAUUAGAUAGUAAAAGUUGGAUAGAGCAUCCUGAUUAGAUAGUAGAUAGUGGAUACUGGAUAGCAGCAUCCUGAUUAGAUAGUAGAUAGUGGAUCUGGAUAGCGCAUCCUGAUUAGAUAGUAGAUAGUGGAUACUGGAUAGCAGCAUCCUGAUUAGAUAGUAGAUAGUGGAUACUGGAUAGCAGCAUCCUGAUUAGAUAGUAGAUAGUGGAUACUGGAUAGCAGCAUCCUGAUUAGAUAGUAGAUAGUGGAUACUGGAUAAUCAUCCUGAUUAGAUAGUAGAUAGUGGAUACUGGAUAGCAGCAUCCUGAUUAGAUAGUAGAUAGUGGAUACUGGAAUAGUAGCUCCCUGAUUAGGUAGUAAUAGUGGAUACUGGAUAGCACAAAUUUCUGAUUAGAUAGUGGGUACUGGAUAGCAAACAUCCUGAUUUGAUAGUAGAUAGUGGAUACUGGAUAGUAGCAUCCUGAUUAGAUAGUAAUAGUGGAUACUGAUAGCAGCAUCCUGAAAUUAGAUAUAGAGUGGAUACUGGAUAGAGCAUCCUGAUUAGAUAGUAGAUAGUGGAACUGGAUAGCAGCAUCCUGAUUAGAUAGUAGAUAGUGGAUACUGGUAGUAGCCCUGUUAGAUAGUAGAUAGUGGUCUGGGUAGAGCAUCCGUUGAUGUAGAUAGUGGGUACUGAUGCGCAUCCGAUUAGUAGUAGAUAGGGAUACUGGAUGCAGCUCCAUUUGUUUGUAGAUAGUGGAUACUGGAUGCACACUGAUUAGAUAGUAGAUAUGGGGUACGGAUUUAAACUCCUGAUUAAUAGUAAUUGGGUCUGGAUAGUAGCUCCUGUUAAAGUAGAUAGUGGGUACUGGAUGCAGCCCAAAAGAUUUUAAAAAUGAACCCGAUAAAAGUGGACUGGAUAGAAUCCGAUUAGGGAAGGGGGGAAGGCCCCCUUUUAGAAGUGGAUACGGAUAGCAGCAUCCAAAUUUUAGGGGAUUUAAAACUUAUUAGUAUAAAAUGGAUUGGAUAGUAGCCUUUGGGUAGGAUAUGGAUAAUUUGGGUUUGAAAAUUUUUAAAAAAAUUUGGGGGUUGGAUGGAUCCUUUAAUGUAGAUAGUGGAUACUGGUAGCAGCAUCCUGUUAGAUAGUAAAAGGGGUAGGAUAGGGCAUCCUGAUAGUUUAAUAGGGGGAAAGGGUAGAGCAUCCGAUUAGAUGAGAUAUGGAAUGGAUGCAUAUCCCGAUUAGAUGUAGAAGGGAUACUGGUUGCAUCGAUUGAUAGAGAUAGUGGAUAGGUAGGCAUCCUAUUAGAUAGUAAUAGGGAUACUGGGUAGUAACCCCCCUUUUUGUGUGAAAAGGAAACCCCUUUUUUUAAAGGGGUAGGAAAACCCUGUUGUUUAAAUAAUGGAAAGGACAUUGGAAUUGGGGUUUCUUUUUGGCCUCUAUUUUGAAAUGGUUGGUGUAGCACCCGAAAAAGUGUUUAAAGGAUAAUGAUCCUAUAAAAAGAGAUGUGGUUGGUGAGCACCCUUUGAUUUGGUAGGGAUCUGGUGAGCCGUUAAAAAGUGUGGAAUGGAUAGAAUCCUAUUAGUAUCGUUGGGAACUGGAAGUACAACUGUUUGGAAAAUAUCGGGUCACCCCGAUUUAAAAUAGAUAUGGAUAGGUUAGUAGAAGAAGAAAGGGGGAUAAGGAUUGAUUUUAGUAGAAAAGGGCUAUAGCAAAAUCCCGAUUUAAAGAGAAGGGAAGGAGAAUCAAAUUUGAAAAGAGGGAACGGAGAGGGGAAGAUAGAGAAAGGGAAGGAAGGGGGCUUGAAGGGGGUAGAAGGGGGAUAAGGAACCUGUAUUUUAAAAAAAAGGGCCAUUAACCAGGGAAACCUUACUUUGGGUCCCCCUUUUUCUCCUUUCUUAUUGUUCCCCCCCUUAAAAACCUUAAACUUUGUUUUUUUCUCUUUUUUUUUCCCCCCCUUUAUUCAUCUUCUUACCUUUUUUGGGGUUUUGUCCCUAAUUUUUCCUCCCCACCGUCCCUUCGGGGGGGGUUUUUCGCCCUUUUUUCCUUCAAAAUAGUAGUGGAUACUGGAUAGCAGGCUCCUGAUUAGAUAGUAGAUAGUGGAUACUGGAUAGCAGCAUCCUGUAUUUCUAAAUAGAUAGGUCCAUUAUCACCAUGUCGGUUUUAGACCUUGACAUUAGGGAUGCACCCAUGAGGAUAUUCUGGGCCAAUAUUCUAUAUUUUAGUAAUCAUACUAAAUACAUAUGAACACAUUUUGUGUGUGUUUGUGUAGGCUAGCCUGGGAGAGGGGUUGUUCUGGGCCAAUAUUCUAUAUUUUAGUAAUCAUACUAAAUACAUAUGAAACUUUUGGGUGUGUGUUUUGUAGGCCAGCCUGGGAGAGUGGUUGUCAGCGAUCGGGCUGAGCAAGUACUACCAGGUUCUGGUGCAGAAUGGAUACGACAACAUGAUUAUCCUGAGAUCGUUGGAGGACCUGAAGGAGAUCGGCAUCACCAAGCUGGGUAGGACACACACUUCAUCUGAAUCCACCAAUCACAUUCCAGUCAAGAGUGAUUGAAACCCUUAAAAGGUUUCCAGAUCCAUGGACAGAGAGAGAGAGAGGAGGGAGAGAAAAGAGACAGAUGAUCAGAAGUAUUAAGGUUGUCCCAGUAUUAAAGCAUUCAAGGGUCCAGCAAUAAACAAAGGAAACGAAAAGGGGAGAGGAGAGAGAAGAGAAAAAAGAAAAGAGAGGAGAGAGGAGAGAGAGAGCAGAGAGAGAGAGGAGCGAGAGAGAGAGAGAGAGAGGGCGAGAGAGAGAGAGAGAGAGAGAGGGGAGAGGAAAGGGAGGGACGAAGCGGGGAGAGAGAGAGGGAGAAGAGAAGAGAAGAGGGAAAACCCUAAAGACCCAAAAAACCCCCCUACCUGCCCCCACCCGCCGACCUCUAAGUCUCCAAAAUUUUGUCAUACCUAGUCGCCUCUAAACGAAAAAGAGGGGGAAACUUUCUUUUAUUUUUUGGGGAAUGUCUUUCCUCCUUUCUCUCUUCUCGUCUCUCUCUUCCGUCUCUCUCUCUUUUCUCCUUUUCUCUCUCUCUUUUCCCUCUCUCCCCUCUUCUUCUCUCUCCUCUCCCCAGGCCACCAGAAGAAGAUAAUGUUAGCAGUGAGGAGGCUGAGGAAGUUCCAGAGAGGAGAGGGAAGUUCUCAGCCUUCUACCCCUCCUUCCUCCUCCACCCCUCCUUCCUCCUCCACUCCUCCCCCCUCUACCCCAUUCCUCUACGGGAGGGGUCAGGAGGCCCCCCCCACAAAAACCCCGGCCAGGGAUUGGCUCACCACCUCACACUCCCACCAAGACCCACCCCUCCUCCGCCAAGGCUCGAUCCCACCCCUCCACCCAGCCCCCACCAGCUGAUUCGCCCGUCCAAGAAGGGGGCGUGUCUGUUCCUUUACUCUGUCUGCCAAUGGAGGAGGAGCGUCGGCGAACUCAGAGCCUGAUUGGCUACUCGGGGUCCGAAGCCGACGCCCUCUCGGUUCCAGACUUCGCCCCUAGAUACGCCACGGUCUGCCGCAGCAGCUCGACUCAGAGCUCCGACCCCAACGACGCGACUGUCAACCGCAGCCAAUCGUCAGUCACGCUGCGGCCCAGGAGGAAAGGCAGGCCCCCGACUCCGCCCAAACGGUCGUGUUCCUCCAUCUCCGGGGGCGACGGGCUAGGGGAGGGGCUGGGGGGCCUGCUGGGGGUAGAAGGGUUCAGGGAGAGGCGAGCCAGCGACUGUGGAGGGCUGGCAGAGAGGAGGAGGAAGGAGGAGGAGGGGGGAGGGGGGGCUGGUGAGGUCAGAGGGCGCGGGGGGGAGCGUCCGGAGCAUCGCCGCCAUGUUGGAGACAUCGAUGGGAGGAGUUGGACCAGGAGGGGAGGGGCCAAGACCCUGCCCAGAACCAUGAGGGGAAGCGGCAGCUACCUCAACCCUCCACAGGUCUGUCUGGGGGGUAUAUAAUAUAAUGUGUGUUUGUGUGUGUGUGUUGUGUGUGUUGUGUGUGUGCGUAUAAUGUUUAACAUGUAACAUGUGUGUGUUUAAGAUGUCUUUGUGUUUCCAGUACAACGUGGGUCAUUCCACCUCCACAACCACAAGGGCAGGAGGAUUUCAACACCCUCCAUGUCAUAUAGAUACAAUAACCAUUCCUGAAACGUUAUUUUGCUGAUAUAUCAUUUGAUCUCUGAGAAAUGAAGCUAAAUUGAUUGUCACCCGUAAUUGGGCCACUUUAAUUCAUAGGGUUCAUAUAAUAUUCAUUAAUAUAGGACCCAACAUCUGAUUUGGAUCAAACUUCUUCCUACCACCAAUGAGUAAGACAUGAGGAAUCCCCAAAACAGGGUUGAAAAAACCACCACGGACCCCCCCACACCACCCCUACGCCAAUCCCGGCCCCAAACAGGGGGAAAAGCCACCACGGACCCCCCCCCCCCCCCUCACCCCUCGCCAAUCCCGGGCCCAACAGGGUGAAAAAGCCACCCACGGAAACCCCCCCCCCCCCCACCCCCUACGCCAAUCCCGGCCCAACAUGGUGAAAAGCCAAACCCCGGACCACCCCCCCCCCUACGCCAAUCCCGGCCCAACAGGGUGAAAACCACCCCGGACCCCCCCCCCCCCCCCCCCCCCCCCCUACGCCAAUCCCGGCCCAACAGGGUGAAAAGCCACCCACGACCACCCCCCCCCCCCUCACCCUACCCAAUCCCAGCCCACAGGUGAAAAGCCACCCACGGACCCCCCCCCCCCCUCACCCCCUACGCCAAUCCCAGCCCAACAGGUGAAAAGCCACCCCCGGACCCCCCCCCACCCCCUACGCCAAUCCCGGCCCAACAGGGUUUAAAAGCCACCCACGGACCCCCCCCACCCCCUACGCCAAUCCCGGCCCAACAGGGUGAAAAGCCACCCACGGACCCCCCCCCCCCUACGCCAAUCCCGGCCCAACAGGGUGAAAAGCCACCCACGGACCCCCCCCACCCACCCCCUACGCCAAUCCCGGCCCACAGGGUGAAAGCCACCCACGGACCCCCCACCCCAAGCCAAUCCCGGCCCAAAGGGUGAAAAGCCACCCACGGACCCCCAACCACCCCACCCAAUCCGCCCAACAGGGUUGAAAAACCACCACGGACCCCCCCCCCCCCUACGCCAAUCCCGGCCAAAGGGUGAAAGCACCCCGACCCACCCCCCCAUGUGUAAUGUGUGUAUGAUCUCGUGUGUAAUGUGUGUAUGAUCCUCGUGUGUAAUGUGUGUAUGAUCCUCGUGUGUAAUGUGUGUAUGAUCCUCGUGUGUAAUGUGUGUAUGAUCCUCAUGUGUAAUGUGUGUAUGAUCCUCAUGUGUAAUGUGUGUAUGAUCCUCAUGUGUAAUGUGUGUAUGAUCCUCAUGUGUAAUGUGUGUAUGAUCCUCGUGUGUAAUGUGUGUAUGAUCCUCGUGUGUAAUGUGUGUAUGAUCCGCGUGUGUAAUGUGUGUAUGAUCCUCAUGUGUAAUGUGUGUAUGAUCCUCAGGGGUAAUGUGUUUUAUGAUCUAUGUGUAAUGUGUGUAUGUCCCGCGUGGUUUUAAUGUGUGUAUGGGUCCUCGUGUUUUAAUGUGUGUAUGAUCCUCAUGUGUUGGAAUGUGUGUUGAUCCUAUGUGUAAUGUGUGUAUGAUCAUCAUGUGUCAUGUUGUGUAUGAUCUCAUGUGUAAUGUGUGAAUCCUUCAUGUUGUAAUGUGUGUUAUGAUCUCAUGUGUAAUGUGUGUAUGAUCCUCAUGUGUAAUGUGUGUAUGAUCCUCAUGUGUAAUGUGUGUAUGAUCCUCAUGUGUAAUGUGUGUAUGAUCCUCAUGUGUAAUGUGUGUAUGAUCCUCAUGUGUAAUGUGUGUAUGAUCCUCAUGUGUAAUGUGUGUAUGAUCUUCAUGUGUAAUGUGUGUAUGAUCCUCAUUGUUAAUGUGUGUAUGUCCUCAUGUUGUAAUGUGUGGGAUGAUACUAAUGUGAUUAAUGUGGAUGAUCUAAUGUGUAAUGUGUGUAUGAUCCUCAUGUGUAAUGUGUGUAUGAUCCUCAUGUGUAAUGUGUGUAUGAUCCUCAUGUGUAAUGUGUGUAUGAUCCUCAUGUGUAAUGUGUGUAUGAUCCUAAUGUGAAUGUUGUAUGAUCACAUGUGGUGUAAUGUGUGAAUGAUCCUCCAGGUGAGUCUAGCGGCGCUGCGGCGCCAGGCCGGGUCAGGUGGUCUGGGGUCUGAUGAUGACGACGUCGUGAAUCGCCGUCGGACCAUCAGCGGUCCGCUCACCGACCAGACAGAUUCCGCCCAGAUCCAGUCCCCACGGCAACACACUGAGCUAUGCCCAGAACCACGCCCACGCUCCACAGUCGCCACGCCGACAGGAGAAGGGCUUAUUACGGAUGGAACAGCGACCAUCAACCGAAGGUUCAUCAGACUAACUUUAUCUGUCUAA